CAAGCCCUAAGUUGUUCGAGCUAAAUUCUUAGCCGCAUCCCUCUUGAAAAUUUUCUUCUCGAAUGUGCGGGAGUUGGCAGUUGGAGUCACAAUAAAUUUCUUCUUCUUCUUCUUCCGUCUCUCUCUCUGUCUCUCUUCUCCAUAGGGUUUCGCAUUAGGAUUUAGGUUUCAAUUGCGCUGAUAGAAAUUUGUGGUUUGGCGGAAUGUUGUGGCAAGUGCCGGUCUGCGCCCUGAUCGCUGUCCUCCCGGCAACUGUUGCGGUUACGGUGAUUUACAGAGCCGGGAAACAGCCACCUAGGGUUUUUGAUCUGUGGGCGCCGAGCUGGAGAAUAAUCAACCCUUACUGGUUGCUGGGCUAUCGAGGCCUCGUCUUCCUGGUCAUGUCCUGGCUGCUUACCCAGAUAGUACUUAUUGAUGGAGCAUUCGCCUUCUACUUUUACACUCAGUGGACAUUUACACUAGUCAUCAUCUACUUUGUGAUUGGUACUAUAAUAUCUGCUCAUGGUUGCUGGACAUAUUCGAGAACACAUAUUACUGAAAGUGAGGCAGCUAAUGGCUUCCUCAAGAGUGAACUGGUAAACAGUGACGCACCAACCAUGACUGUUCGGGGCAAUACAGAUAGGGAAGGUACAAGAUUACCAAACCGUUUUGAAGGAAAACUGCACGAGAAAAGAGCAGGGUUUUGGGGCUAUGUAAUGCAAAUCAUCUAUCAGAUAAGUGCCGGAGCUGUGAUUUUAACAGAUGUGGUCUUUUGGCUUCUCCUUGUACCAACCAUGUCUGAGCAUCUCAGGCUUGAUUUUGUGAUGAUCUGCAUGCAUUCUCUAAAUGCUGUGUUUCUUCUUAUUGACACUGCUGUGAAUCGCCUGCCUUUUCCUUGGUUUGGAAUGGCAUAUUUUGUUCUUUGGAGCUGUUCAUAUUUGACUUUUCAGUGGGUCCUGCAUGCCUGUGGUCUUAACUGGUGGCCUUAUCCUUUCAUGGAGCUUUCAACUCCCUGGGCGCCAUUAUGGUAUUUAGCCAUAGCAUUGGUGCACAUCCCUUGCUAUGGCAUAUAUUACCUGACUGCUAAGGUGAAGAAUUCAUUUUUCUCAAAACUUUUCCCUAAUUUGUACAUCCAAUCGUAUUAGAAUUGCCUCUCUCCCAUAUUCAUAUAAGUUUAAUAUUGUUCCCUUUGCUGUAGUUCAAACCAAUGCAUAGUCUCUGACUAAUAUAUAUAAUUGUAUUAAUAAGGGUUCUUUAAACUGGAGAGGUGAUCCUACUAUGCAACUUUUUAAUUGAAAAU